UCGGUGAGGUCAAAGUGACACCUCUCUUUGUGUAGCUAACGUCUUGCCCUGUGAAUACAAUGUAGCAGGCGAAUUAAACCAACCUACUCAACGUUGCUGAGCCCAGUGAAACCACCGUGUGCGUCCGAUUCAGACACGAAAUAAAACCAACAGAAGCUAAUAAAAGCUCGUUUGUAACGUUAAAGUCGUGAGCAGCGCCGGGUUGCUGCAUCCUCCGUAGCUCCGCUCUUUGCACAAGGAUUUGGUGUUGUUGUUUGCUAGCUGCUGUUAGCAUGCUGGCUAGCAGCGUCAGGCUGCAAUGUUUCAUUGUUUGAGGAGGAAGCAUCAGCAAAGUGCUGCGGCUAACGUUAGCUGGAUUUAAAUGCGUUACAAGUCGUAUGUUUAGCGUUUGGGGAUUUUUUUUUUUAAAACUGAAUUGUGUCCUGCGCUUUGUUUGCAUUAGCCAGGUUUUGUUGGAACUCGUUGGCUGUAAACAAGCUUGAGAUUGCUGCCAACUGGACUCCCUGUUUGUUUCCCUGCACGUUAACUGAAUAUAACCAGGAGCAAACAUAUUGACCUAAACUGCACCUGCCAUUGGGUACCAGAACAUAAUAACAUGUUUGCUACUGGGAAUAAGGGGCAUGGUCACGUGACUACCAUAACAGGUGCACAAUGUGGAGGCACGACUUGUGUCCGACUACUAAAGUCCCAGUGACAAUGUAAACCUGAACAGCAUCUGUCCCAGCAGUGGCUGUUGGCACAAUGGGGCUGGACUUUGAUGUAAAGACAUUCUGUCACAAUCUGCGGGCCACCAAGCCCCCUUACGAGUGCCCCGUGGAGACUUGCCGUAAGGUCUACAAGAGCUACAGUGGCAUUGAGUAUCACCUCUACCACUAUGACCACGACAACCCAACUCCUGCACAGGCUGUCCCCCAGAAGAAGAGAAAGGGACGGCCUCCUCGCGCCUCCUUGGCCGGGUCAGGGGAUACGGACGAUGGUGGAGGUAAUGGAGGUGGAGGACCGGGGCAUGGGGGGAACACGCCUGGUAGCCCCAACCGGUCGGAGCGCUCCCACUCCCCUGGCAGAGAGACUAUGACCUAUGCCCAGGCACAGCGCAUGGUGGAGCUGGACAUCCAAGGACGGAUCCACCGCAUUAGCAUCUUUGAGAACAUUGACGUGGUGUCCGAGGAAGACAGCGAUGCGGAGGAUGCUCCGCCGUCUGGUCCUGGUGGCGGUGGUGGAGGAGUGUGUAACGGUAGUGAUGGUGGAGGUGGAGGUAGCGAGGUAGGAGGCAGUGGCAAGGACCGCCCAGAUAUCCCAUCUUCCAAUGGGGGCAAAUCCACUCCGAAGUCUGGGAAGCAUAAGAGUAAAGAAAAGAAGAAGGAUGGCUCAUCUCAUCACCACAGCGCUCAGUCUGGUCCUGCAGUGAAGCUCCCCGAGGCGGUUUUCAGAGAACUGGACCAAGAGAGACCUGACGCUCCUCCUCGGCCAUCAUCUUACUACAGGUACAUUGAUAAGUCUGUGGAGGAGCUGGAUGAGGAGGUAGAGUAUGACAUUGAUGAGGAGGACUACAUCUGGCUUGACAUCAUGAACGACAAGCGGCGGCGUGACGGCGUGACACCCAUCCCUCAGGAGGUCUUUGAGUAUCUCAUGGACCGCCUAGAGAAGGAGUCCUACUUCGAGAGCCACAACAAGGCAGACCCCAGUACCCUAAUCGAUGAAGAUGCUGUGUGCUGCAUCUGCAACGAUGGAGAGUGUCAGAACAGCAACGUGAUCCUGUUCUGCGACAUGUGCAACCUGGCGGUACACCAAGAGUGCUACGGUGUUCCCUACAUCCCAGAGGGCCAGUGGUUAUGUCGUCGCUGUCUGCAGUCGCCAAGUAGAGCUGUGGACUGUGCUCUCUGUCCCAACAAGGGAGGAGCUUUCAAACAAACAGACGAUGCACGCUGGGCACAUGUAGUGUGUGCCCUCUGGAUCCCAGAGGUCUGCUUCGCUAACACAGUCUUUCUGGAGCCAAUCGAUAGUAUUGAGCACAUUCCUCCUGCACGCUGGAAGCUCACCUGCUACAUCUGCAAGCAGCGUGGUUCCGGCGCCUGCAUACAGUGUCACAAAGCCAACUGUUACACGGCCUUCCACGUCACCUGUGCCCAGCAGGCGGGCCUCUAUAUGAAAAUGGAGCCCGUCAGAGAGACCGGGGCCAAUGGCACCUCUUUCAGCGUCCGCAAGACGGCUUACUGUGACAUCCACACGCCCCCAGGAUCAGCCCGACCUUUGGCGGGGGUAGGCGGGGCCAGCAUGGGCUCAUCUCACAGUGAAGGAGAGCUGGAGGAGGAUGACGAGCCCAGCAUUGGCCCUGAUGAGGACUCCAAGGGCUGGAGCUCUGAGCGCGCCAAGAGGGCGAAGGCCAAGUCCAGGCUGAAGAUGAAAAGAGCGAGGAAGAUCUUAGCUGAGAGGAGAGCUGCUGCACCAGUGGUAUCUGUGCCCUGCAUACCUCCCCACAGGCUGAGUAAAAUCACCAGUAAUUUAACGGUACCCAGAAAGAGCCAGUUCAUGCAACGACUUCACAGCUACUGGACCCUGAAGAGGCAAAGUCGUAAUGGUGUACCUUUGCUACGCCGGCUUCAAACCCACCUGCAGUCACAACGACAUAUUGACCCACUCCCACCACAACCUCCAUCACAGCUCCCUCCGGUGUUGCAGAGAGACAGCGAGGAGAAACAGUCGGCUUUAAAGGAGCAGCUGAAGGCCUGGCAGAGACUGAGACACGACCUGGAGAGAGCCCGGCUGCUGGUGGAGCUCAUCCGCAAGAGGGAAAAACUCAAGAGGGAGACGAUUAAAGUACAGCAGAUGGCGCUGGAGAUGCAGCUUACUCCCUUCCUGGUGCUGUUGAGGAGUACGUUGGAACAGUUACAGGAAAGAGACACUAACAACUUUUUCACUGAGCCUGUACCGCUGGCAGAGGUGCCAGACUACCUGGACCAUAUUGACACUCCAAUGGACUUCCAGACCAUGUGGAACUUGCUGGAAUCCCAUCGCUACCUCACUUUUGAGGCCUUUGAGGCAGACUUUGGCCUCAUUGUGAACAACUGCCUCAAGUACAACGCCAAGGACACAGUCUUCUACCGUGCUGCCCUGCGCCUCAGAGAGAUGGGCGGGGCCGUCAUAAGAACCGCCAGACGCCAAGCUGAACGGAUAGGCUUUGACUAUGAGACGGGCAUGCACCUCCCCCGAGAGCCAAGCCCGAACAGUCAGCGCGACCAAGAGAGAGACCGAGAGAGGGAGCGGCAGAGGGAGCGAGAGAGAGAGCGGCAGAGGGAGCGGGAACGAGAAAAAGACGGGUUACUGUCCUCUAAUGAAGAUGACCUGCUUCUGCCAGAGAACAGGCGACGGCUACCACUGGAGGAGCAGCUGCAUUACCUGCAGGCGCGUCUCGAUGAGGUCAGCUCGGGAAGGCACAGCAUCGGUCAGUCUCGUAGAGCCAAAGCUCUGAGGAAGGAGAUCAGUGUUAUCAAGAGGAAGCUUGCACACCAGCGAGAAGGAGGCUCCGCUAUGGGAGGCCGGGAGUCUGUGGGAGGAGGAGACAGGGGUUCUUCCCUACCCCAUCACACAUCUUCUUCGGGACACCACGAUGAAGGGGGAGAAAGCAGCAGCCAGGAGAUUGGUGGGAAAGAUCUGAGCGUGUCCUCGUCUGCUCUGGCUCCAGAGGUGGGUCGUCGGACGUCUGUCCUCUUCUCUAAGAAGAACCAAAAAAUGGCUGGACCCCCUAAAAGGCCAGGACGUCCCCCGAAGAACCGUGAUGCUGGCUAUGGGGGGGCGGGGGUGAGCCAAAGCCCCAUCGGCCCCCCUCAGCUGCCCCUGCUGUCAACAACCCGGCCGAGGAAGAGGCCCCGGAGCCCCCACAGCAGCUCCAGCUCCGACAGCGACAGUGACAACGAUGACCUGCUCCCAGGUUUGCCAAGUAACGGUUUUGAUGGAGGAAACCAGCCAGUAACGGAGAGCUUCCGCGUCUACAGAAAUGAGCCUCGUCUCCCUCGUUCUAGUUCAGACUCUGAGUCCACAACCAGUAGCAGCAGCAGCGCAGCUUCUGACAGAACCAGUACGACCCCCUCUAAGCAGGGCAGAGGGAAGGCGUCGUUCUCUCGCUCUGCCUUCCAGGAGGAUAGCAGUGAGGAGACGUCGGGCACUGAAAACGAUUCCUACUCCGUCGGAGGAUCACGCAGCGUGUCGCAUUUGGUUCGAGGCCGGGCCAGGUCAGGGUGUUGGAUGACCUCUGAUGACUAUUCUUCUCUGGAAGCUCUGGACCUGGUGUGGGCCAAGUGCAGAGGCUAUCCUUCAUAUCCGGCUCUGAUAAUUGACCCGAAGAUGCCCAGGGAGGGGGUGUUCCACCGGGGUGUUCCAAUCCCUGUCCCCCCUUUGGAUGUGCUAAAACUAGGGGAGCAGAUGACCCAGGAGGCCAGGGAGCACCUGUUCCUGGUCCUCUUCUUUGACAACAAGAGAACUUGGCAGUGGUUGCCGCGCUCUAAGCUGGUGCCGCUCGGGGUGGACCAGGAGCUGGACAAGGAGAAGAUGCUGGAGGGCAGGAAAUCCAACAUCCGCAAAUCGGUGCAGGUGGCCUACCACCGUGCGAUGCAGCACCGCAGCAAAGUGCAGGGAGACCCCAGCAGCGAGACCAGUGACAGUGACUAAACACAAACGCUAUGUGUUGGACCUUACAGGUGUCGUGGAGUAUAUGUGUCUCUAUCGAGAGCCCAACCCUCCGUCACAGAACACAAGAAACAGUGCCAGUAGCACAUAGUGGGAUCUACAUCCACUACAUUGGCCCCCCAAGAUACACACACUCACACACACUAAGCCGUAUUUAAUCUGACAUGUAAAAUAUUGUAUUUAAGAGAAUUGAAAAAAAAAUGGUAUUAAUAAUAAUGAUGGAAAAAUAUGCUAUGUUCAGAAACAUCAAUCAAAAAUAUUCCUUGUAUGUGGUCGAUAUAUGUUUAAUAACUAAUGAGAUGAUGGUUUACAUACUCAACAAAUUAACACACUGUUGCACUAUGAUGCACACACGACUCUGCCUCUCCCUGUUAUUCUUAAACAUACAUUCA